AAGAACAAAUGAAAUUGUUUUCUUCACUAAUAAAUUCCUUAAAAGUAAGAUAUCUCUCGGUGGUGGCAACUGGCAAGAGAGAGAGGAAGAAGAUGGAAGAGAACUGCGAGGACUGCAUGCAAUGGGAAGAAGAACUCUACUGGACUCAUUUCCAGACCCUCCAUUUCUCUCAGCUCCUCCUUCCUGGUUUCCAUCAUCGUCUCGUCAUACCUCAAAAGUUUUCAAUACAUUGCAAAAGAAAGCUACCACAGAUUGUGACUCUCAAAAGUCCAAGUGGCGCUAUAUACAAUGUGAGAGUCGAGCAAGAUGAUGAUGAAAAGACACUGGCUUUUCGUAGUGGGUGGGAAAAGUUUGUGAAAGAUCAUUCGCUAAAGGAGAAUGAUCUAUUGGUCUUCAAGUUCCAUGGAGUGUCUGAGUUUGAAGUUUUGAUUUUCGAUGGACAGACCUUGUGUGAGAGACCCGCUUCUUAUUUCGUCAGGAAAUGUGGACAUGCAGACAAGACCAAAGGUACUGAUUUUACUGCUACCUCUUCAAGAUCACCUGAGAUACAUUUUAACCCUGUUGGUGUUGAAACUUCACCAAACCAGCAACGUCUUAUAUCUCCUCCAGUAGUUGAUAAUGAGCUAGAAGACCUCAUUGACAUUGAUGUUGAAAUUGACACAAUGCUAACUCCGCGUCUUGUAGUAUCUCAGACCGGUUAUGAUCAAGAAGAACAUUUUAACUCUGACAUUGAUACAGCAUCUGCCCAGCUUCCUGUUAUCUCUCCAACUAGUACCGGACGAGUCAGUAAAGAAAAGUAUCCCUUUAGCGGUUUAAAGAAGAUGCGAGGAGAAAUAAGUAAUGAUAGUCUCGAUCAUAAACCUGACAUUGAGAUGAUUUCAGCUGGUCGCAGAAAUAAAGCCUUAUCUCUGGCUCAGAGAGUCGUUUUGCCGGAUGGUUUCAUGGUGGUCAUGAAACGCUCUCAUGUGUCGAAAUGUUUUCUGACAAUCCCAUACAAAUGGUGCCUGAAGAACAAUCUUUUAGCACGUCAAGAAGUGGUGAUGCAGGUGGAUCAAAAGAAAUGGGUCAUGAAGUUUAACUUUUUCGGAUCACGUGGUCGUGGUGGGAUAUCAACCGGGUGGAAGAAGUUUGUACAAGACAACAACUUGCGGGAGAGUGAUGUCUGUGUGUUUGAGCCAACAAAUUCUGAAACAAAACCGCUUCAUCUCCAUGUCUAUAUUUUCCGUGCUGCAGAAGCGGAAAGUAGCAACAACGGUUGACUCGAUAUACACCAUAAGUGAAAAAGGUAAGCCAGGCAGGCAACAAAUGUUUUCUUCAACCAGUAGUGUAAGUAAGUAGUGUAGAUGAAAACUUGUAUAUAAAGGUUAAUGUAAGAAUAUGUGUAAUCUAUCAUCUCUCAGACUCUCACUAUGCUUCCUCUAGUGAAGCCUCUAACAUCUUCGUUUUUUGGUUUUUCCGGUAAUGUCCUAUUUUCUUGUGUUGGGGCUUAGAAACUAAACCAACUCCUUUUGGUUCAGUCUUGUGUAAGUGUUCAUCAUAACUCAUAUAAAGUCAUAUAACCCAAUUGGUUUUG